ACCUGAUACUUAAUCCGGAAGUAAGGGUAAGCUUCUCACUCCACGUGGGAAGAGUCUGGUUGUGUGUUGUUACCGUGGGAACUUUUGCUGAAGGGCUUGUUGAACUUUUGUCGAGUUGCAGUUUUGAAUUCCGGGGCAUCUGCGGGGAUUGCUAUGGCAGAGGGAUCGGAGAGCUCGAGGCUUCCUUUGUCAGAUAGCGAGAAUGAGGACGCUUGGGAGGAAGAGGAGGAGAAUGGUGUCGACAAUCCCAGCGCCCAGAUGGAGGGACCUUCGCAGAGCACCCCCUGCCUUUUCUGCGACAGAUUUUUCAGUUCAGCUGAAGAUAGUUUUUGCCACUGUACCUCAGACCACGGGUUCAGUAUUGAGAUGAUGGUUCAAAAACAUCGGCUUGAUUUCUAUGGCUACAUUAAGCUAGUAAAUUUUAUUAGACUGCAAAAGCCAGACGCAGAGUACGUUAAUUCUCUUAGACCUCCAUUUCCUUGGGAUGAAGAUAACUAUUUGAAGCCUGUAAUACAAAAUGACUUAUUACUACAGUUUGAUAUAGAAGACCUGCUUGAUUCUUCCAAUAUCUCUUGUCCUAAUGGAGUAUCUGAGGCUUCAUCUCUCCUUGAAUGCUUGAAAAAUGCUGAGCACAGAACUGAGUUAGCAGAAGUUGCAUUGGCCAGAGCCCAAGAUGAUCUACAGAAAAUGAGGCAAUUUGCACAGGAUUUGGUGAUGAACACAGAAAUCCGAAGUAGCUCAUCUGAUAGCACGAUUGGAAACUUAAAGGAGGAUGAGGAAGAUGUUUACUUCAGCUCGUACGGGCACUUUGGGAUCCAUGAAGAAAUGCUAAAGGAUAAAGCACGUACUGAAAGCUAUCGUGACUUCAUAUAUCUAAACCCACACAUCUUUAGAGAUAAGAUUGUCCUAGAUGUUGGAUGUGGCACUGGAAUCCUUUCCAUGUUUGCUGCCAAAGCAGGUGCAAAAAAGGUGAUAGGAGUGGAUCAAUCUGAAAUCAUUUAUCAAGCCAUGGACAUCAUUAGAAUCAAUGGACUUGAAGAUAGUAUUUGUUUGAUCAAAGGAAGAAUUGAAGAAGUUGAUAUGCCAGUUGAAAAAGUAGAUGUUAUCAUAUCUGAAUGGAUGGGCUAUUUCCUCCUCUUUGAGUCUAUGCUGGAUUCAGUCAUUUAUGCAAGGGACAAAUAUCUGGCCAAAGGAGGCUCAGUGUAUCCUGACUCUUGUACCAUUAGCCUGGUGGCUGUAAAUGAUAUCGCGAAGCAUACCGAUAAAUUGACUUUCUGGGAUGACGUGUAUGGCUUCAAUAUGUCCUGCAUGAAAAAGAUGGUAAUACCUGAAGCAGUUGUGGAAAUCUUAGAUUCAAGGACUCUUAUAUCUGAAGCUUGUAUCAUCAAGCGGAUAGACUGCCAUGCUGUCUCAGUUCCAGAACUGGAAUUUUCAUCUGACUUCGUUUUGAUGGUCACCAAGACUUCCAUGUGUACGGCAAUUGCUGGAUAUUUUGAUGUGCAUUUUGAGAAGAAUUGUAAAAAACCAAUUCUGCUUUCAACUAGUCCCUGUUGCACCAAGACACACUGGAAACAAACAGUGUUUUUUCUGGAGAAGCCAAUUCCUGUCGAGGAAGGUGAAGAACUGAAAGGAAGGAUAACAAUACACAGAAACCGAAAAGAUUCCCGCAGCCUCGUUGUAACCCUUUCAGUUAAAAAUGUGAAACAAACAUACAGUCUACAGUGAGCGUUGUCCCACAAUCAUCUUGAGAAUCUUAGUUCAAUUGCCAGACGCUUCUUUUUGAAGCAGAAAAACCAGGAUAAAAUUUUAAGUUCAUUUGGUUCUAUUUCCCAUAAUUUCCCCCCCCCCCGACAUAUAGCUGAUCUAUUAUGAGUCAUAUAUUAUUAUAUGCUGUCUUAACCAAUUAUUUCACCUUGUGUGGGAAACCCUUAGUAGAGUAGCAGUCCUCUGCCCAAUCUCUGAACGUUCUCUAAAUGUAAGAAUGCAUUGUAACAGAAGUACAGUGGAGAUCUACAUUUAGAAGCGACAUUGCCUGUACAAUUCUAAUAUUUUUUUUUGAAGAGUUCAUAUUAUUAGAUGGGACCCAGAAUUUAUUUCUACAGUGAUUGAAUCUCCUGGAGUUUUUUGCACAGGAGGGGUAAGGCAAGCUUUUCCGUCAACCCUGCAGGCCUUCUUAUCACCACUUCCACCCUUCUGGAGAGUCUUCAGAACAGAUUUUUGAGAAUCUUUAGGACCUCCUGGCAGCUGGAUUCCUCCUCUGGUUCAAAAUCUUCAACUUUGCAAGUAGGAAGAGUCUUUAUGUCUGCAGGAAGCCAGGCCUAGUUUCAAGAUAAUCAUAAAAAUACUGAAGACACGCAAAUAGAACUGUGUGGAUACCAAAACCAUUUGGGUUUGACUACCUUCAAUGAUGCAUACGCAAGAAUUCUGCUUUUGCACACAUUAUUUUUAUAAACAUAGUUUCAAAAUAAGUUCAUUUCUUGGUCUAUGGAUUUCAAAUGUACAUACAUUAUUAGGUUGUAAUAUCUUUAAAAUAUUAAAAAUGGAAUACAAAAAUUUGCUGUUAUUAAAAUCACCAUCACUUGAGUCUCAUCUUUCUACCUAGAGGGCAUUCCAGGUGACUAACAAAGCACAGGCUGUGGCCAAGGGACCGGUGUGUUGGCCAUAUCUGGAACAAAAGGAUCUGGUGCCAGGGUAGACUAUUGCAAUGUAUCACAUAUGGGGCUGCUUUUGUGGACUAUUUAGUAAUGACAGUAGAUGCAAAAUGCAGUUGUCCACAUGUUGUCAUGUAAGAAUUGCAUCAGCCUUGUUACACCGAUACAGUGGAGGUUGCACUAGCUGCCACUAGAUUUAUGGUUACAAUUCUGUAUUUUGGUUCUGUUUUUAAAAGUCUUUUGUAUGGCUUAGCUCCUAGCCACUUUUGGAAUCACCUUCUCCCGAUAGGGCCCUCCCAUCUGGUCCCCAUCCUAGUUGGGGUGGUAAUUUGUUCCCAAAUGAGAGAGUUGAAAUCAGUGUGGGCCAACCAGAAUCGUGGAAUAGCAUCCCUGUGAGACUAGAUUGGUACAGACUUUGAUAUUCUGCAAAGCAGUAAUAACUGGGUUCUGUAGGGUCUUGGGAUUUCGGGCUACCUCUGAUGGAGCCCAUCAUUGGUGUAUUAAAAAUACCACUUUUUAAACCACAUUUUUUAUUUUUAUGGAUGAUCCCAGUUAACAAACAUAGUCUGGCAGGAAUUAUAAUUUGGUAAACUUCAAAGAACUGUUAACGAUCAUUAUCCUACCAUCAAGUAAUUUACCACUGCUGUGACUUGUAAGAGGAACGUUCCAUUAUAUUUUAAAAGCUCUUUUUUAUUCAUAAUUGGAUUGAAGCCUGAAAAAAUGAAGUGGACAGAAAUCUAUAGUGGCUUGGAAAGCUUUUCUAAGCAGGGUGAAUGGAGGAGAAAUGUGCCAAAAGGGAUUAAAAGAGAUUCCCUCAAAAUAAAAUAUUGGCCUUCCUCCCCAGCCAAUUUUCUAUUAAAAGAAAGGAUCAGGGAAAUGAUUUUUAUUAGAACCAUCAUGGGGAUGGAUAUGUAGGAGCCUUCAGAUGACCGACCCUGCCCUCUCGGGACAAUCAACCUCCAUAAGAAUUUCUUCUUAGUUUCAUAUAUCAUUCUUUGCUAGUGUGGCACUGUUAAGCACAUUAACUCUGUGACUUUGCCUUGUGUUGAAUGUUUUGUAAUAAAGAUUGAAAUCAG